AUGAGCACGGCGCGGCACGUCGCGUGCUACCAGCGGUGGAUCGCCGGGCAGGAGGCGAGCCUCGGGGAGCUCGAGGCGGCGUCGGCCAAUGCGGCCGCCGGGCGCGCCACGGACGCGGAGCUGAGGGCGGCGCUGGAGCGGUGCAUGCGCGGCUACGCCGAGUACGUCGCCAGCCGGCGCACGCUGGCGCGGGAGGACAGCACGGCCCUGUUCGCGCCGCCGUGGUGCACGUCCUUCGAGAACUCCGUGCUCUGGCUCGGCGGGUGCCGGCCGUCUCUGACGAUCCGGCUGCUGUACUCCCUCUCCGGCGAGGGACUGGAGGAGCACAUCGAGGAGUUAAUCAGCGGCGCCGGCGCUCUCGGCGCUGCUAGGAGCAUGGGCCUCCUGGGGAUCACGGCCAGGCAGCUGGAGCAAGUCAACGACCUCCACCGCCGGACGCUGCGUGACGAGGACGCGCUCUCGGAUCGGCUGGCCACCUUGCAGGAGGAAAUCGCCGACCGGCCUCUCCUGCCGAUCGUCCGGGAGCGCGCCACGGCGGCGGCCAAAGCGCUGGCCGCGGCCUCCUGCGACGGCUUGGCCACGCGGCGGCUCGCGGUCGCCGGACCACCUGCGGGAGCCGUGGACCCCGAGGUGGACGCGGCGAUCGGGAGCUACAAGGCCGGGCUGGGCAGGCUGCUGGAGGAAGCCGACGAGCUCCGCCUGUCGACGGCGCGGACGCUGGCGACGGAGAUCCUGACUCCCCGGCAGGCGGUGGAUAUGCUGGUGGCGGCCAAGCAGCUGCACCUCGCGGUGCGCGACUGGAGCCGCCGCCGGGGCGUCGCGCAGCCGGUGCGUCCGCCGCUCACCUCGCCGGCUCCACCCUCCGACCGCGCAAACCCGUAA